CGGAUCUCAUGCGUCGCUGGAUUUAUUGCGGACUUUUUGGUUGUGCCAAGACGAUUGCCAGAUCAGUCUAAUUGCGCCCGAUCAUUCGGGGCCCAGGCGCGGUCCGAUUGACGUGCCGACGUCCGCGCCAUCUGUAUCCGUAUUACCACCUCUCUUCCCCUGCCCACGUCCGCUCCGCUCUCUGCUUCACUCCUCAAUCGCCAACACCCGUCAAUCGCUACAAUGAAGACCUCUGCUGUUGCUUGCCUCGUCGCCGCCGGCCUCGCCGCCGGGCAGGGACUUCAGGACGUCCCCAAAUGCGCCGCCCCCUGUAUCGAGCAGGCCACCACCGGCAACCAGAUUGGCGGCUGCGGCCAGUUCGACAUUGAGUGCAUCUGCAGCAACGACGACUUCCUCCAGAACAUUGCCUGCUGCCUCGAGGACAAGUGCGACGCCAGCGGCAAGGCGGCGGCCGUCAAGUUCGCGCAGCAGAUUUGCUCGACCGUCAGCGUCGACGUGCCCAACCAGGUGGAGUGCAAGGCCAGCAGCAGCGGCGGCAGCGGCAGCACCACCACCGAGAGCAAGACGGGGACGGCCACGGAGACGGCUACCGAGACGACUACCGACACGGCCACCGACUCGCCUUCCGCCACCCCCAGCUCGGAGCAAUCAAAGACGAGCAGUGCAGCCAACUCGCAGGAGACUGGCGGCGACGGCAAUGCGGCGACUGGUCUGAGCAACGUGGGCGGUCUGAUUGGUGCCGUGGUUGCCAUGGGCUUUGCCCUGUAAUGGUCGAGCACUGGCGAAGGUUGAGGGCUGUGGCGGAAGACUACGUAUAUGUACUACGAAGCACAGCGAUUAUGCACUUGUAUUUUCAUGUCUUUCCGUGUAGAUCUAGUGGCCUAAUGUAUGUAGGGGGCGUGCGUGGGAGACCUUGCGUGCCAGAGCUGGGCUUGAGUGCACGAGCACUUUUCAAGCCCUGUUUGUGGAGGACGGACAGACAAAUACGUACAUGUACUCACGAUCCUCCGCAACUCUAAUAUCAAGUUCACGAACCAAGAUGUUUUCCCUGUCAGCUGUGGAGUACCUAACUGAAUCCAAGCCAAAUAUGCGGCGCUGCUGUUAAGAACAAGACCCUGACUCCACCACUG